UAAAGAUAAAAGUACAUUAGGUGAAGCCUCAGAACAAAAUUUGAAAGAUACUGAGGUUCCCCAUAUGACCUUCCCAAACAACUUGGAAUUCUCUGCAGACAACGCAAGCACAGGCGAUCCCAGGAAUGAUUUGUGCCGUUCUGACUGGCUGCAAGAUUUUGAUGUUUCGUCGGGUAAGACCAUAUACAUCAAUAAAGCGACUGGACUUGAUGGAUUUCAAGCUGCCUGCAUUCAAGAUAUAACAACAAUGGCUGUGAAUGUUGUCUCAGAGAAUGAUGCUGAAGGGGAGUCUCUCCAGUCGUUGCUUUCAGAGUGGGAUAAUCCUGUUUUUGUUCCCUGCCCAGAGAUUGCUGUUGAUGUGACCAGCAGUCAGGCUGACAGUCUGGCUGUGAAAAUUCACAAUAUCUUGUAUCCUUACCGUUUCACCAAAGACAUGGUUCAUUCAAUGCAGGUUCUUCAGCAAGUGGACAAUAAAUUUAUCGCUUGUUUAAUCAACACUAGGAAUGAAGUGGAUAAAAAGGCAGAUGGAAACCUCUUGAUUUUGGUGGACCAACAUGCAGCUCAUGAACGGAUCCGCUUGGAGCAGCUUAUUGCAGAUUCCUAUGAGAAGGAAGCUGCAGCAUGUGGCAAGAAGAAAUUACUGUCCUCCUCCAUCUCUCCCCCUUUGGAGAUUGAAGUUACAGAAGAACAAAGAAGAUUUCUACGAUGCUGCUACAAAAAUUUGGAGGACUUGGGUCUUGAAUUAUCAUUUCCUGAGGCCAACAGCUCCUUGAUUCUAGUGAGGAAAGUGCCACUGUGUUUUAUAGAAAGAGAAGCCAAUGAAUUACGACGGAAAAGACAACCUGUCACUAAAAGCAUUGUGGAGGAGCUUAUGCAAGAACAAGUUGAGCUAGUGCAGACCACAGGAGGAGGAGCACGAGGGACGCUGCCUCUGACGUUUCUGAAGGUGUUAGCUUCCCAGGCCUGUCAUGGAGCUAUUAAGUUUAAUGAGCGUUUGACUUUGGAGGAGAGCUGCAGGCUGAUUGAAGCUUUGUCAUCUUGCCAGCUGCCCUUCCAGUGUGCUCAUGGAAGACCUUCCAUGAUGCCUCUUGCAGACAUAGACCAUCUACAGCAGGAAAAGCAGGUACUAUCUAAACCUAAUUUGGCUAGACUGCGGAAGAUGGCACGAGCAUGGCAUCUAUUUGGAAAAAAAAGACCCUAA